GUGACGCUGACCCUCCCGAGCAGCUCUCUGCAAUGGCCUCGGGGAGCGAUGGGGAUGCUCCGCAGGCCCACGGACGCCGCGGGAGCACCGGGCGCAGGCUGAACCAGGAGCUCAACUCAGAGGACCAGGUGGUGGAGGAGACAGAGGAGGUGUUCUGCAGCUAUGUCUUCCACCGCUACCAGCAGGAGAGGGAGGAGAGAGGGGAGGAACUGCCCAGGGACACAGAGAUUGAGCAAAUCAAGCAGGACCUGGACAGCACGGGCAGCCAGGUGGGACAGCGCUUGGCCAUCAUCGGCGACGACAUCUACCGGCGAUACGACGCCGAGUUCCGCAAGAUGCUGGAGACCCUGCAGCCCACCAAGGGCAAUGCCUACGAGCACUUCACCACGAUAGCCUCCAGCCUCUUCGAGAGUGGCAUCAACUGGGGCCGCGUGAUCGCUCUGCUGGGCUUCGGGUACCGCAUGGCGCUCCACGUGUACCAGCACGGCCUGACCGGCUUCCUGCGCCGCAUCGCGCGCUACGUGGGGGAGUUCAUGCUGCAGAACCGCAUCGCCCACUGGAUCGCCCAGCAGGGAGGAUGGGUGGCUGCGCUGGAUCUGGACAAUGUUUACAUGAAGUACAUGGUGGUGGUGGCCCUGAUCGUGGUGGGGCACCUGGUGGUACGACGCUUCUUCAGGUCCUGA